UAUUUUACUGCGUCAGAUAGUUAUGCAAAUAAUUUUCAAAAAGCGAACAAAAAUUGUUAGUGCGCAUUGAUCCGCUGCCUCUUGAAUCCGCGGUGAAAACGCGUCGGCCAGUGCGGUCACACUAGUCAUUCACAACCAAAUUCAUCGGAUCAUUGGCAGAAAGGCAAGAAGAAGAGCAAGUAAUCACCUGCGGAAAAAAAAUAAAUUGCCGAGAAAUGAUAAAAACCAUCUAGUGCGGCAAUUUGGCGUGCGUUGAAAUGAUUCCUGGCGACCAGUAGAAGCAUUAAGGACCACGCUACUCAUCCCCCGUCCCCCACCGCAGCGGCUGAGCCACUGGACAAAGGCCAGCCUACAACAAAAACAACACCACUGGGACAGUCACGGCCCAUUGGCACCCACACAAGCACACACACACGCACUGCGUAGAAGACAUCAACAACAAGGAACUGGAAACGGAGGCCUUCAACUGCUGGAAAAAUGGAAGCGGACGGACUAACAAACGAACAGACGGAGAAGGUGCUGCAGUUCCAGGAUCUCACCGGCAUCGAGGACAUGAACGUCUGCCGCGACGUCCUGAUCAGACACCAAUGGGAUCUCGAGGUGGCCUUUCAGGAGCAGUUGAAUAUCCGCGAAGGGCGUCCCACCAUGUUUGCCGCCUCCACAGAUGUCCGAGCGCCCGCUGUCGUCAACGACCGCUUCCUACAGCAGGUGUUUUCCGCCAACAUGCCUGGCGGAAGGACGGUGAGCCGGGUGCCUAGUGGCCCCAUACCCCGCAGCUUCACGGGAAUCAUCGGAUACGUAAUUAACUUCGUGUUUCAAUACUUCUACUCCACGCUGACGAGCAUUGUCAGUGCUUUCGUGAACCUGGGCGGCGGAAAUGAAGCCCGCUUGGUGACAGAUCCACUAGGCGAUGUGAUGAAGUUUAUUAGGGAUUACUACGAAAGGUAUCCCGAGCACCCGAUCUUCUAUCAGGGCACAUAUGCCCAGGCCCUUAACGAUGCUAAGCAGGAGCUGCGCUUUCUAAUCGUUUACCUGCACAAGGAUCCCGCCAAGAAUCCAGAUGUGGAAUCUUUCUGCCGCAACACACUGUCGUCGAGAUCAGUCAUUGACUUUAUUAACACACACACUCUGUUAUGGGGAUGCGACGUAGCCACGCCGGAGGGCUAUCGUGUGAUGCAGUCGAUCACAGUGCGCAGCUACCCAACGAUGGUAAUGAUCAGCCUUCGGGCAAAUCGCAUGAUGAUCGUUGGACGUUUCGAGGGGGAUUGCACGCCGGAAGAGCUGCUCCGUCGCCUCCAGUCGGUGGCAAACGCCAACGAAGUGUGGCUGAGUCAAGCGCGUGCGGAUCGCUUGGAGCGUAAUUUUACACAGACUUUAAGAAGACAGCAGGACGAGGCCUACGAGCAGAGUUUGCUUGCGGACGAGGAGAAAGAGCGUCAGCGGCAAAGGGAGCGGGAUGCUGUCCGGCAGGCGGAGGAGGCUGUGGAACAAGCUCGACGCGAUGUCGAGCUUCGUAAGGAGGAGAUUGCCCGGCAAAAGAUCGAGCUAGCCACUCUGGUGCCAUCCGAGCCGUCAGUGGAUGCUGUCGGCGCCAUUGCAGUUGUAUUCAAGCUGCCCAGUGGAACACGCCUAGAGCGACGUUUUAACCAGACGGAUUCGAUGCAGGACGUUUAUCACUAUCUCUUCUGCCAUCCCGAUUCGCCGGAUGAGUUUGAGGUCACAACGAAUUUCCCGAAGCGGGUGCUUUUCUCGAAAGCGAAUGUUGAUGCCGCUGGGGAAGCAGACAAAGCCAACGAGGCGCUGAGCAAAAGCCUUCAGGACGUGGGACUCAAAAACCGCGAGGUGCUAUUCGUUAAUGAUCUGGAAGCGUAACCAAGCACCACCUACCAAAUGAAAGCAUCAUCGUGUUACCAGCUGCAACGCAUUACCAAAACUUGAACCAAGUUUUAAGUAGUCGUAGUCAACGUCCAAGUCGGAGGAUAAACAGAGAAACUAUUCCUAAUUUUAUCAUGAAUAUUAAUAUAAAUAAUUGUUUAACAAUGUUUAGGUUGAUUCUCUAAACUACCCACCACCACCACCAACCCGUUUCUCAAACAUUCACACAUCAGUAAAAAUCGUUUCCAGAAUAAUUUCCGUGAACCACAAUUUAGUUAUUUUUAUUUAAUAAUUUUUAUUAUGUUAGCUGUACUUACACUUCCGUCUAUUUAACGAAAAAUAGAACCACAUCCUUGUUAUUUGACAGAGA